AAAGCGAGUUACUCUUCUAACCUCAAAAUGGUUUAACAUCUCACUCGUGUAAGAUGAAGAAAAUCGUUAAGAUGUUAUAUUUUCGCAAAAAAGUAAUUGCAGAUUAAUUAUAUCUAAAGGAAUAUUAUUAUCGUGCUUCGAAGUGGCUCAAGUUAUUAGAAUUUAACGAAAAUGCCACACUCUCUUGAAGCACCGACUCCUCAGGACAUUUUGGUUGAAGUUAGAAAAUUUAUUUCUGGUGCUGUCAGAUCGAAUCACAAUGUAAAUACCCUUGAUUUAACAAGAACGGCGUUAUCACUUCUGCAAAAUCUACCAGCUGCGAGAGAUGCCGUGCUCGAAUAUUUUUGUAGCGUAUUUUUUGUUGCUGUCAAUAAGUAUGUGCGUCAAAUUGAGGCUAAUCAAACAUUACCGAUUAGCGAAGAAGCUAUCAUUGUUGAAAUACACGGAGUUCUUAAUAAUUUCAUUAAUGCGAACCCAGAGGCUUGGGCUCCUAUUGUAUCGGCAUGGUCUUUGGAGUUACUAGGAAAGAUAUCGUCGGAUUUUUCAAACCGUGGAUGCUUAACAAUUAGUGCUGGAAUAAAUGAUUUUCUGCAGCAGUGGAUGUCAUGUAGAGCGACUCGUACUCUCAUCGAUAUAACUGGACAAUGUCUUCAAUGUUUAAUACACUCAGACACAGAAUCUUGCAUUAAAGCACUUUUAGAUACUAGUGUUUUGCACAGUCCUCAUUUUGACUGGGUGGUUGCUCAUGUUGGAAGUUGUUUUCCUAACACGGUCAUCACGAGAGUUUUAUCAUGUGGCUUGAAAGAUUUUUGUGCUAUGGGGUACGAAAGUAACAUCAAGAAUCCUAAGUUAAAUUCCGUUGUUGGGAUUCUUGGGCACUUAGCAGGCAGUCAUUUUCUUGAUAUUAGAACAGCUCUGCUUGAUUUAUUUAGGUGGAGUUUGGACGAGAAUGUAAAUAUUAAUGACGAUACAAGAAAGCAGAAGUUAGCAACUGUUCCAUUCCUUGUGAAUUUGGCUUCUUUGUCACAAACAUUACUUAAAGCUAUUACGACCGAUGUUUUACAGAUUUUGAGACCAGACGUGAUACCACAUUUGGCAUUAUUUGCAGCGGAUUGGUGCAAAUAUUUUGAUAACCGACCAGAAGCUUUAAUAGAUUUAACGGUCCAUCUAGCUUUGGGUUGCGAACAAGGUGCCUCGCAGAUCAUUAACAUUUUACUGGACACAAGUCUAAAUACCAGCAAUGUUGGUUAUCACAGCGUGAAUGCAGCACAAAGUGUUAAAAACGUUUGUCGAGAGAUCUUAGAAUUAAUUUUAAAAGAAAUUGAUGUCUUAGUCCGCACUCAUGGUCCACAGUCUGCCAAUAUAUCACUCUUAAACUCUGUAAAACAAGAUCUACCAUCACUGUUACCGUUACUUCUAAAUCCGCAUCCAUUGAGAGUUCAAACAGCAGUCAGAUUGUUAUCUCUCCUCGGAGCACAGUUUCCAAAUGUUUUGAUAUCUUCGGCAUCAUUCAUGUUAAAGACGUGUCAAAGCAACUUUCAUUUAGCUGCUUUAGUACGACUCGUGAGCGAUAAUAUUGUUGUUCCACCCGUUAACAAAUCAGAAACUGAAAGUAAUACUGUUGAUAACAGUAAUUUUACUCAAGUAACGGAACAGGCACUCAGAGAGUUACAAUAUGUACAUACAACAAAUAAUGACGAAGCACGUAGAUUCUACCAAAACCUUUCAAUCUUAUUAAGGUGGGAGAAAAGUGAUAAAGCAGUAAUUCUUAGAUCCAGGCCAGUUACAAGAGCAGUCCGUUCAAAUUUAUUACAAAUAUCGGCAUUCUUAAUGAAAACAGAUGAUAUCGAUCUUGCAAAUGACAUUAUUGAAAUGCUGGGCCUAUUAGGUUCUUCUGACGUGGAUCAUUUUGUACCUAGCGUACAACUUACAUUACAAUUGACCAGAGCCAUUACACGAUAUUUCUUUAUUUGCAUUCAACGAAAUGAUAUGAUUAAGAAGGUGCGUGGAGUGAAGACAGUGUGUGAAUUACUUCAAAUGCUGUCGUGCUAUUCUCAAUGCGCAAGAGUUCUUGCACUUAGGGAACUUCUAGAAAACAGUAUUUACAACGAUCCAUCGAAAUACUUUGGGGCAAAAGAGAAGUUUGAAUCCCAUACAGAGGAUCCUUUGUUACUGCAACAAAACCAUAAACAGGGUACAAGUGCUAUGUUGGCUCAAAGGCAUUCGUCGGUAUUUCACGCUGGUGUAAUUGGACAAGGUCCUAGGAAGCCUCCACCCGAAAAUAAAUUCGACAAAGAAACUAUAAUCCUGAAUAAGAUGUUAUUGGUAGAGACUAUCAAGGCAUGCUGCAGUAAUCCAGAAGGUGGUCAACAUCCUGUUAAUUUAGACGCUUUGACAAUUGUUAGUUUGCUCUUGGUGGAGUUAAUUUCCCCAGACGUUAUGUAUAAUGGACUGCCGUGGCCCGAUGAAGAGUUUACCAAAGUCACCGUUGAAAGAGAUUUACAAAUCCGUCGAACAUUUAAAGACGUUCCAUUAUUAUGGACACUGCUGGAGUUGACGGCUUGGUACAGGCCUGCCUUGUCUUAUUGUUCAGUUCUGUUAAGAGGCAUUGCUGCCACGAUUAUGUCCAAUUGGAAUACGGCAGAAAGUAUUUCGCUGACAAACAUUAUGUCUCUCGGACAAUUAUUACCUCCACCACUUGCCAAUAUCAGAGAUGUUUUGCCUAUGCUGGAGCCACAUCAGAUCAAUACAGUAAUGCGUGAAUGUAUGUGGGCAUACAUGCAUGAAAAUGUGCCUUCACCGGCAUUAUUUACACGUACCGAAGGUGUCAACGUAGCGUGGCGUGACACUGACACGUCAAUUCCGAACACUCGGUUUACAGAUGUCCUCCGCCUCAUGCUUUUGGCAAACAUUCAUAAAUUGGGUGCUCUCUAUUCCACUCUAUUUUACGAAGAGCAGAAAUAACAUAUCCAUUCUACUGCCGAUGAAUUAGCAUCAGUGAAGUCAUGCUAUAAACUAGUUAUGUUUGUACAUUUUGUAUAUAUACAUUAUAAAGAGCAAUUUUAUAGAAAAA